UGUGUAUAAUGUACCGUACUCACAAUGUUUUGUCUGUAACGUCGUGCGACUGUAGCGUUUUUAAUUAAAUGUGUGUUUCUGUGCUAAAUCUAUUCAUUUAACGAACACAACUAGGCGCUUCGUGUCAAAUAAACAUUUGAACACUGUUAUGAUGGACGUGCCAAGCGAGGAGGCUUCCGGUGGACUAAACGUGAAGGAAAAAGAAGAGGAAGGAGAGAAAAAUAUGUCUCCUGGUGCAGAGGAGGACAUGGAGACUGCAACUCAUGCUGACAUUUUAGACGUUUUCGAGGAGGGACUUGCUCGUCUCGUUCAGGAUCCUUUACUUUGUGAUCUCCCAAUUCAGGUGACGCUGGAAGAAAUAAAUUCACAGAUUGCUUUGGAGUACGGCCAGGCCAUGACCGUGAGGGUUUUGAAGGCUGAUGGUGAAAUAAUGCCCAUCGUGGUGGUCCAAGACGCCACAGUCCUGGACCUGAAGAAAGCCAUUCGCAGGUUUGUGGAGCUGAAGCAGCAACGCGAAGGCAGCGUGAGGCACAUCAACUGGAGGUACGUCUGGAGAACAUACAAUUUAGUGUUUCAGGGGGAAAAGUUAGAAGACGACCGUGUGAGGAUAAAAGAUUAUGGGAUCAGGAACAGAGACGAGGUGGCCUUCAUGAAGAGGCUGAGGAAAAAGUGACACUUUUCUCCCUCUUAUUCAUCUAAUGAAGUCCUCCCAAUGACUGCCUCUUCUGAGCAAAUCCAGACAUGGCCAGCAGAUGGCGAUGCAGUACAACGUUUGCAGCAGUCCUCACUGAUGAAGUGUCUUUGUGUUGCUGUUAUGACCGUACAUUGACUUUGACGUCACUAAAAGGAGGCAUAAAUAAUGAGAAUAGAUGAACAGUACCUGACCCUGCCAUCAAAUCAGAGGGCUUUAGGACCUUGCAGCAGCUCGACAUGCCCCAACCUCACUUCCUGGUGUCUUUCCGUACAGGACGAACAUGUGUCAGGUGCAUCUAGAGCAGCUCAUGGGCGUUGAGGAAGUCCGUGGUGAAGACGCCCUCAGGUGCUGACACGUUCUCGGCGUCCACGCCCUCUGCUGGCGCGCACAGCGUCAGGUCCAGCCAGUCCAUGGCGUGAAGGUCCGAGUGAAGCUCCUCCAUCAGCUUUAGCGGCUCAGCGUCGGCACUCAGGAGGGAGUCCAGCCGGGGGUCGGGGGCCAGGGCUGCUGGCGGCAUGUGCGCCACCUGGACCAGAGGCGGUGGGCGUGAUAGGACGGUGUUGACAGGGAGGAGGGUGACGCAGGGUGUGACGGGGAGGCGCUUGUUGAUGCUGGGAGGAUCCUGCUUGAUGAAGGGUGGUAUCUCUGCAAAACGUGUGAAUAAACAAGACGGUGAUGACUACUUCAGGGUCAACUAGGGUUGGGGUUUCAAACUAGCUUCGGAGUCUACUUUGUGUGUGUACACUUUAGUGUUUCAUUCUUACCGCCGCUUUCAAUCAAGACGUCAAACAGGUCGUCCAUCUGCUGGCUGGCUGCGGAGACGCCCUACAGGAAGACAAGUCCAAAACAUUUACCAUACUUGUAGCCAUACUGGUGUGUUGCCAUCUUGAACAAAUAAACACCUCACAUUAAAUCCA